AAUGGCAUCAAGACUUUUAAGGAGAUUCUCUUCACCAAUUAUGAUUAUUCGUAACAAAUCGAAAGAAGUUGCAAAAGACAAGAAAGAUGAGAAAGUAUAUCAACUUUGGGAGUUCUUUGACAAACCUGAUAAUUGGGGUAUGAAGGAAUUGUCACUGUCUAGAAGGCCAGGACGAUCUUGGACUGCCGAUGAACUUCGUCUUAAAAGCAAUUCUGAUUUGCACAAACUUUGGUAUGUCCUUUUGAAAGAGAGGAAUAUGCUUCUUACAAUGCGAGAAGCAUACAAGAUUAGACAUAUGGAAUUACCUAAUCCUGAAAGGGUUGAUCGAGUUAAAGAGAGUAUGGACAAUAUUGAAGUUGUUGUGCAUGAACGUAACGAUGCAUAUUUAAAAUUAGAAACUGGCAAAAGUGCCUCUCCACCCAAAAGAAAGAUUACAUCCUUUGCUGGUUUUACCUAUGAAGUAUCGGCAAAUGAACAUUAUGGACAACCAGAUGUGAUUGGAGUCAAGAAGGAAUAUGAGGUUCCUAUGCUAGACGAUAAGGCCUAUUUGUUUCAGAAAUUAUGGAAAGAAAAGGAACACCUGAAAGAACAGAUUCGACUUCAGGACGAAUAUUUGCUUGAGGAUCCAGACAGAUCUGAAAAUCCUGAACUUUUGCGCGGACUUAGACGACAUUUCGAUCGUGUAGAAGAUCUUCCAGAACAAGUAGUUGCUAGAAGAAGGAAAGAAAAGCAGAAUGUUGAUAAAAUACAAGAAGAAAAGGCUAAUUAA